UUGAGCCACGUGGUGACUCCGGAAAAACCCAUUCCCGUUUUUAUCGAGAGGUGCAUCGAGUACAUCGAGGCCACAGGCUUGAGCACGGAGGGAAUUUACCGGGUGAGCGGGAACAAGUCGGAGAUGGAGAGUCUGCAGCGCCAGUUUGACCAAGACCACGGGCUCGACCUGGCCGAGAAGGAUUUCACGGUGAACACGGUGGCCGGCGCCAUGAAGAGCUUCUUCUCGGAGCUUCCCGAUCCGCUCGUUCCCUACAACAUGCAGCUGGAGCUGGUGGAAGCCCACAAAAUCAACGACUGGGAGCAGAAGCUCCAGGCGCUCAAGGAGGUGCUGAGGAAAUUCCCGAAGGAAAACUACGAGGUCUUCAAAUAUGUCAUAAGCCACCUGAACAGGGUGAGCCGGCAGCAGCGGGCCAACCUGAUGACGAGCGAGAACCUCUCCAUCUGCUUCUGGCCCACGCUCAUGCGUCCGGAUUUCAGCUCCAUGGAUGCGCUCACGGCCGCCCGCUCCUACCAGGGAAUCAUCGACCUCCUCAUCCAGCAGUGCCCCUUCUUCUUCCCGCCGGGAACGCCGGGAACGCCGCCCGGCAGCCCCGCCCAGCCCUUCCCGCCGGGAGCCGCCGCCGUGCCGUGA